GGCGGAGCCCCAGCCCUGAGUCUUGGCCCGCGGGGAGUGGGAACAGACUGCUGUAGCCGCGGGACCGGCAGUCAUGGCUCCCGGUUGGCCGCGGCCUCUGCCGCAGAUCCUCGUGUUGGGACUCGGGUUGGUGCUGAUGCGCGCCGCGGCCGGGGAACAGGCACCAGGCACCGCCCCGUGCUCUAGCGGAAGCUCCUGGAGCGCGGAUCUCGACAAGUGCAUGGACUGCGCUUCAUGUCCAGCGCGACCACACAGCGACUUCUGCUUGGGAUGCGCAGCCGCACCUCCUGCCCCCUUCAGGCUGCUCUGGCCCAUUCUGGGAGGCGCUCUUAGUCUGGCCUUGGUUUUGGCGCUGCUUUCUGGUUUCCUGGUCUGGAGACGGUGCCGACGGAGAGAAAAGUUCACUACCCCCAUAGAGGAGACUGGUGGAGAGGGCUGCCCAGGUGUGGCACUGAUCCAGUGAGGGGCAGCCGCGCUGGUGCCCACUCAUCGUCCAUUCAUUCAUUCUGGAGCCAGCCUGGCCCUCCAGACACAACCCGAGCCAGACUCCUCCAACCACAAGGGGGUGGGGUGAGGUGGUGAUUCACCUCCAAAGACCGGGCUUAGGGUUCAGGGGAGCCUUCUAAGGUGUCUAGAUUGCCCUGUCUCUGGUUCCAGGGCAGACAGCCUCAGGCUGGGUCACAAAGCAACACAUACUAAGGAACUGCAGCAUUUGCACAAGGGGGUCUCUUGCUCCCCCCAAAUUCUGGAGACCUGGCUGACUUGGGAAACAGACACACUAGGUCCCACUCUCUCAGAUGGGCUGAAAUUCAACUGCACUUGAGUUUCAGUCCUGGGAGUUGGUCAGAUUUAGGGACCUGUUCUUAACACUAAGGGGGCUGGCCCUCUGGGAGGGCCGGCCCUAAAUCAAACACACACACAACCCAUCCCCUAAUGGGGAAGGGAAAUAUUUAUUUGGGGAUAAAGUUUGGAGGGGAGGGAGAAUUUAUUAAUAAAAGAAUCUCUAACUUUAAA